UUCCAGCUCGACAAUAUGUACAAUAAGUACUGGAGGCAGUACCCCACAGUAAUUAACGAGGAGAUGUUGCGGGAGGCUGUGAAGAAUGACAUCGUUCAAAGCAAAGAUGCUCUGAAGGGAAAACGACUUUUAUCUUCAUGCUUUGAAUGCAAACAUGAAGUCUUACACGUAAACUUGGAAAACAAAAACAUCCUGAAGAUUGACCUUUUAUAUGAUUUUACAUCUCUGGUGAGGCUUGAUCUGAAUUACAAUGUAAUAGAGAAGAUCGAAGGCCUGGAAGCUCUGAUUAAUCUCAAAUGGCUCAAUCUGUCUUUCAACAAGAUUAAAAAAAUUGAGGGCCUGGAAACUCUGCAAAAGCUCGAAGAUCUGAACUUGUCCUACAAUCAAAUCACUCUCCUUGAGAAUAUGGACACAUUGGAAAACCUGACGCUUCUCUUCAUCAGAAACAACCACAUCAGUGAGCUGGACAAUGUGCUCUAUCUCGCAAGGUUUAAAAAACUGUCCAAGCUCUACAUGACUGAAAACCCWGUCUCUAACAAAGAAGAUUAUGCACUUUUUAUCUUUGCUGUUUUGCCAAACCUGACCUACCUGGAUAACAUUUUAACUGACCCAAAUACAAGAAACAAAGCAGCCAUCAAAUACCAAGCUGUUCUUGAGAAAAUGAAACAUGAGGAGCUGCAAAAGCAACAAGCAGAUGAGGCCCAGCAAAGCCGUGAAGCUGAGCUAAAACUCCACCAUGAUGCCUUUGUGCAGGAGCUCGAUGGGUCCAGUCUGUUCACCAGCAUGUUUAAAGAUGAUCCAGAGGCAGUGAAACCACAGUUCCUUCAACGAAUGGCUCCUCUGCUUCAAACUUUUGAGCAGCAAAUGGUGGAUCUGUGUAGACGCUUUUUACACUUUGGCUUGGCGGAACUCAAACAAAGAGAAGCAGAACUGAAUGCUUUCCACGUGGGYCAGAAUGAGGCUGAGGCAUAUUACAAACAGAAGACAUCACAGAUACUGGCAGAGUUUGAUCAGGAGCACAGAGAGAGGAUUGCAGAGCUGCAGAAUUUGACAGACUCAGACCUGCUUAAAGUCCAGAUCAACAGCUGCAGUGGUGCAAUCACCCAGCUCCAGAAAAUGCUCCUGACAGUAGAGUUUGACCUGAUCAGCAAUCUUGAGGAAAACAUCACAACGCUUCGAGACUCUAUCUCAGACAUGGUCAGACACUUUUUGGAGACUGCGCAGGAGACAUUUGAUCAGUUUCGUGACCUGGAGGAUAAAUACCAUCAGAAUGUGCAAGAAAUUGCURUUGAAACUCAGGGAACAGUGGCAAAUCAAAAUCUGGAAGAGGAUGUACCAGAAGAUGUAACAAGGCUUCUCACAGACACAGAUUUGUUGACAAAUGCCUUCAAAACGARCCAUGAAAACCGCCUGCAGACGAUAAAUGACAGAGAGAACCAGCUGAUUACACAAGUUGCUGCUUGGAAAGUGGCUCUCUUUAAAGAGAUCCAGGAAAAGGAAGUACAGCGAAAACAUGUGCAUAUGACAAGCAUUCACGAAUAUGAGAAGUUUUUGAGGACGCAGAUAGAAGGACUGGCAUUAAAAUCUUAAAUUAACAAGAUUUCACUGUGUGCAAAUAAAUAAAUAAAUAAAACAUG